GCGUCUCCAAGCGGGAACGCCAGGAAUGACAUUCAAAUAUUGUUUUCUCCCGGCAGAUUUAGAAUUUGACAAUUAAUAACCAUGAGAGAUUUAUACACGAAUAGUGAAUAUAACUGUUUCUGAUCAGCUUGAGCGUAGUUAAACUUUCAGAAUAAGAAUUUUAAUGGGUCGUACAACGGGCAAAAGUUACUGGUAACACGGGGCUUCACGAUGGGUUUGGUCUAUGCAACAUCGAAUAAAUCCAGGGAAACAACCGUUCUUGACACAGACGAAACUCCGAGUCCGUGUGUACCAUGUUCGAGAAAUCACGAGCCAGAAGUGCCAUGCAUUCCCUGUAUAUCCGACCCGCGUCCAGGGAAUCCGGGGACCCUACAGGAGAUACACAAAAAGGUGAAAGACCUGUAUCCCCGGAAUUUUGAAGGAGCUAAAUUGUUAAUAAAGAAAAGACUGAGCAGCCACUUUGAUGUAGCACACACAAUCACCCUGAGCUCAGUCACACCAUCAGGUUACAAAUUCGGAGCCUCCUACAUAGGCACAAAAAGAAUUGGGGAAACAGAAAAAUACCCUGUAGCCAUCGGAGAUAUAAUGCCCAACGGGAACUUGACUGCUGACUUUGUUCACACGAUUGGGUGCAGAAUUAGAGCAAAGGUUGCUACCCAAAUAGCUGACAACAAAUACAAAGCCUGUAGCUCGACCUUGGAAUACAGGUCCGAUGAUUUUACAGUCUCACUCACCUUGGCUAAUCCACAUUUUGCCAAACAGAAUGGAACGCUAGUGUUGCACUACCUGCAAUCCAUAACAUCCAGGAUUGCCCUAGGUGCAGAAGUCGCUUGUCACAGGGGAUUGGGAAUCCCUGGUGGUCAGCAGACCAUUAUGUCUGCAGCAUUCAGAUACAGCACUGGGUAUACCACUCUGUCGGCAACUUUGGGAGAGGCAGGUCUCCACGUAUGUUACCAUCGAAAGAAUAGCCAACAACUGCAGUUUGGUGUUGAAAUGGAGCUGAAUAUGAGAACCCACGAGGCUAUAGGCACUGUACUUUAUCAAGUCGAUCUCCCUCAAGCUGAUCUAGUUUGUAGAGGAAGCGUUAACUCUGAGACUACCGUUGCAGCAGUAUUGGAAAAGAGACUAUUCCCUGUUCCAGCCUCGCUGGUUAUGAGCGGCAUGUUGAACCACACCAAGCAACAAUUUAGAGUAGGUCUGGGACUUAAUAUCGGGUAACAAAUCAGAAUUCAACACCGUAAUGUUGUGCAAUUUUUUGUCCUAAAUUA